AUGUACGAAAACCCAGAACAAAAGUCAACAAUCAUUUUAUUAUACAAAUCUUUAUGGCCUAUUUGCUUAGAAAAUAAGAAUAAAAAUGAAAGUAAUAGCAUUAAAUUAAAUAUAGUUAAUGAAAGCAGUGAAUCUGAGAAUAAUAAAUCUGCAAAUACAAAAUCUGAAAAUACUAAAAAUAAUGAAUAUGAGAAUGAUAAAUCUAAGAAUAAAGAACAAGAAAAUAUUAAAUUUGAAAAUGAAUUUGUAGAUAAUAAAUAUGAAGAUAAUGAAUCUAAAGAUGAUAAAUCUGAAGAUAAUAAACCUGAAAAUACAGAAUUUGAAAUAGAUUAUUCAUUUUUUGCUUUCAAUGAAGAAUUUUUAAAAGCUAAUAUAGUAUCUAGUAAACUUAAAAAUGUUAAUAUUCCUUUAAAAUUAAUGGGCCUUUCAAUUUUCUGA